AUGGCGUCACGCGAAGCUGCGGAGCUCAAAACCGAGGGCGUAAUUGAGGCGGCGGACAACCCUGAGACCAAUGUCACCGCAGACGACGCGCAAAAGGAGAUGGUCGCACAGUCGAAGAAUGCGGGUGUGCCUGCAUUUACUUUUGACCCGGAUGCCUCGCCCGAGGAGAAGCGCCGCCAAGCGCAAGCUGCCGUCCCUGCCGAGCUUCGGAAGCACAACAAGGCGACCGCUAUCGUUUCCGACAUUGAUGAUGGCACUGGACCCGACGAAGACCUGCCCGAAGCGGGCAAGGGAGGUGCCAUUGACGUUGCCAAGGAUGCAUCUGGCAACAAGGUAGCAGAGGUAGACCCAGAAGCGAGUGAACCUCCCUUUUCGCGAACAGGCUGGGCUCCUAAAUUUGGUGCUAUCGGUGAGAAGAUUACCGACGACGAGAGCUUGCUGGACCAUGCCACUUGGGUCGAGGGCAGGCUCCCCGAUCAUCUCUACGGAGAUUGGUACCACAACUGCGCCGUGAUUGUCUUCGCGUGCGUGUUCUCAUGGCUAAUUGCCGUACUCGGCGGUGGCCUGGGCUGGGUCUUGAUCAUCAUGACUACCUGCUCAGUGUACUACAGGACCUCGCUGCGGCGUGUGCGCCGAAACUUCCGCGAUGACAUUCGGCGCGAGAUGGCCAUGAAGAAGCUGGAAGACGACAACGAGUCGCUGGAAUGGAUCAACUCCUUCCUCGUCAAGUUCUGGCCCAUUUACCAGCCUGUGCUGGCGCAAACCGUCAUCAACUCGGUCGACCAGGUCCUCAGCACCGCCACGCCAUCUUUCCUCGAUAGCUUGAAGCUCAAGACAUUCACGCUCGGUACCAAACCCCCGCGCAUGGAGCAUGUCAAGACAUACCCAAAGACAGAAGACAACAUUGUGCUCAUGGACUGGAAGUUCAGCUUCACCCCCAACGACACCGCCGACAUGACUGCUCGUCAGCUCAACAACAAGAUCAACCCCAAGGUUGUCCUGGAAAUCCGUGUUGGCAAGGCAAUGAUCAGCAAGGGUCUCGACGUUAUCGUGGAGGACAUGGCGUUUUCCGGCAUCAUGAGGCUGAAGGUCAAGCUCCAAAUUCCGUUCCCGCACAUUGAGCGAGUCGAAAUGUGCUUCCUCGAGCGACCCAUGAUCGAUUAUGUCUGCAAGCCUUUGGGUGGUGAUACCCUCGGCUUUGACAUCAAUUUCAUCCCUGGUCUGGAGAGCUUCAUCCAGGAGCAGAUCCAUGGUAAUCUCGCGCCCAUGAUGUAUGCGCCCAAGACUUUUCCCAUCGAAGUGGCCAAGAUGCUGGCCGGCUCGCCCGUGGAUCAAGCUGUGGGCGUACUGGCUGUCACACUCCACGGUGCUCACGGUCUCAAAAACACAGACAAUUUCUCUGGUACCGUCGAUCCAUACGCCUGCGUCACAGUCAAUCAGCGCGCUGAACUCGCCCGGACCAAGACUAUCGAAGACAACCCCAAUCCCCGCUGGAACGAAACUCACUACAUUAUCAUCAACUCUUUCGCCGAGUCUCUCGACAUCCAGGUGUUCGACAAGAACGAGUUCCGUAAAUCCAAGAUGCUCGGUGUUGCUUCGUUCCGCUUGGAGAACCUCGAGGAACUGCACGAGCAUGAGAACGAACGUCUUGAAGUGAUUGCAGAUGGCAAGGCUCGCGGAACCCUAUCAGCUGACUUUCGUUUCUUCCCGGUCUUGGAGACGACCAAGAAUGAGGACGGUGUCGAGGAGCCGCCGCCAGAGUCCAACCAGGGCAUCCUCCGUUUCAACGUGCAGCAGGCCAAGGAUCUGGACGGCACCAAGAGCCUGGUCGGACAACUCAACCCCUACGCCACCAUGUUCCUCAACGGCAAGCAGAUCCACCAAACGAAAAAGCUCAAACGAACGAACAAUCCCAUCUGGGAUAAUGGCUCCCGGGAGAUCCUCAUCACUGAUCGUAAGAAGGCCAAGCUCGGUGUUACAAUCAAGGAUGAUCGGGACCUUGCUGGCGACCAGGUGCUUGGCAAGUACCAGAUCAAGCUUGAUGAUAUGAUCGAGUGCAUGGAGCAAGGAAAGGAAUGGUAUCAUUUGGCUGGCGCUUCCACCGGCCGUGUGCAUAUGACCGCUCAGUGGCGACCUGUGGCGAUAUCAGGAGUAGUCGGCACCGGCGGAUACUCUACCCCCAUUGGUGUCAUGCGAUUUCACUUCAAGAAGGCCAACGACCUGCGCAACUUUGAGGCUUUUGGCAAAUCCGACCCUUACACCCGCGUGCUGGCGUCUGGUAUCCAAAAGGCCAGGACCGUGACUUUCCGCAAUGACCUCGACCCCGAGUGGGAUGAGGUCCUUUACGUGCCCAUUCAUUCACCCCGCGAUAAAGUUACAUUGGAAGUUAUGGACACCGAGAAGAUGGGUAAGGACCGCAGUUUGGGCUUGGUGGAGCUCUUUGCUGGGGACUUUGUCAAAGAGGAGAAUGGCGAAUACCUCGUCCACGACCAGAAGAAGGAGCGCACGGACGGCCUGCUUCUCCACGGAAAAGGUAUGCCCAAGGGUACGCUAACCUACACUGCGGCCUUCUACCCAACUCUGAAUAUCGCCGACCCCGAGGAAGAGGAAGAAGAGGCUGCCGAGGCAAAAUCUAAGCCCUUAUCAGAUGACGCCAGCGAGAAGCCGAGAAUUUCCACCGACCGUGCCAGCAACGCCGGUAAGUUCAAGGCGAGCCUCGACAAGCCAGGCUCAGAGAAGAGCGGCGGCACCGAUUCCGACUCCCUUCCUCCGCCAACGCCUACGACCGCUGGGAGACGGUCCGUGGAUCAACGUCCCAAGUUGCGCCUCAGCCCCGAGGAGCUGCUUCGCCACGAGAGCGGUUUGCUGAUUUUCAGGCUUAUGGAGGCUGAGAUGCCCGAGUCAUAUACUUCGCUGGAAGUUUUCGUCGAUGAUCACCUAUACCCGUCUUACACUUCUGCCACGGCUCCCAAGCGGAACUACAAGUUUGACGAGAUUGGCGACUGUGUCAUUCGUGAGCUCGAAUUCUCGCGUCUUACGAUCAAGGCCCGCAAGAAGGGCGACGACGUGGACGAACAUCUGGCGUCCCUCAGUGGCAACACCCUGGAUACACUCAAGCAAUGCUUGAACAACCCCACCAUACUCAAGCUCAAGCCUGACGAGGGCCGCGGCGGCUGGGUUAAGGUCAGCUUGAAAUACGUGCCCAUCAAUAUGUCACUCGAUCCAAGCGAGAGCAUCAACAACAUGGGCAAGCUGCGCCUCGACAUUCUCGACGGUCAAGAUCUGCCCUCUGCUGAUAGGAACGGCAAGAGUGAUCCUUAUUGCAAGUUCGAGCUCAACGGCAACGAAAUCUUCAAGACCAAGGUCCAGAAGAAGACGCUCAACCCCGUAUGGAAUGAGUUCUUCGAGGUGGAAGUACCUUCGCGCACAGCUGCCGAACUCGUUGUCAAGGUCUAUGACUACGACUUUGCUGACAAGCCGGAUUUCCUCGGCGCUGCGAAUGUCAACCUCGAGGCUCUUGACCCCUUCAAGGCUACCGAGUCCAAGCUCAUGCUUGACGGCAAAUCCGGUAUGGUCAGGGUCCGCAUGCUCUUCCGGCCAGACUACGUUAGGCGCGCCCGACAGGGCACCUCUACCUUCCAAGGCACGUUUGGUGGUCCUGGGAGGAUCGUGACGGGUGUUGCCGGGGCCCCUAUCAAGGGUGGAGCGGCCGUGGCUGGUGUGGUGGGCUCUGGCGUUGGCAAGGGUGCUACGUUCCUGCGCCGUGGUCUGUUCGGCAAGAAGGAUGAGGACGAGCCGAAUGGUUCGGUGCCCGUGAUUACCACAGAUGGAAGUGACAGUCCGGUCCGAUCCCGAGGCGGGACCGAGACCCCGACUGACCGACCUACAACAAGCCAAGGCCAGUAUAACCAUAACCGGACUAAGAGCAUCGGCGCUGCGUCGACUCGCAGCUACCAACCAGGUGCUGCAGGCACGGGCACAGCCCACUUCACGGUCGUCAGUGCGACUGGCUUCCCUCCCUCCUCCGACCUGUAUGUCCAGAUCACCCAGUUGGGCGGCAAGGAAAAGACCGUUGGCAAGACCAAGCAUUUCAAGACAUCUGAGGGGCAAUGGAACUUUGACGAGUCUUUCAAGGCCACAUGCACCGCAGAGACGUUCUUCAAGGUCGAGGUCAAGGGCGAGCACACGUUUGGUAGGGACGACGAACUCGGCGAGACCAAGUAUGUCGUUGACGAGUCCGGAUCGGGUGCGGCGAAGGAGGUGUCCGUCGGCAGCGGCACGGUUGUGAUCAAGAGCACGUUCCAGCUCCCAGAGUCGUCCAGCUUGUCGGCCGAUUCCCCCAGCCGCUCGAUGCGACGCAGCUUCUUGAGCAAGCGCGAUACGGGACGCAGCAGCAGGGAAGGGACGCCCAAUGCUUAG